GAGUUGACGUGGUAUCAUAUUUAUUUUAUAGUCGCUGAGCUGUGACGAUCUCGGAACCAAAAUGUCCACCAAUCGGCGUUUGCCAAUAUUUGACGGCUCUCUAACUGUAACGUGGGUGUAUUUUUGUUCUACAAAACGCAUCGCAUCCGGACUGCGACUGUGCAUCCAAUCAUUUCUUCCAGUGAAAUUCUCUGGACUCUUGUAAUUUAUAGUUACAGUACCAUGAUCCGGUCACACCAAUACGCUACUCAAAGCGAGCUUAGUGCGCAGCAUCGUCAUUCGUAUCGUACGAACUGCGAAGAAUGGAUCGAGCAGCAAGUCAAACUGAAUCGUGUCGUGACGAAAAUCCGUGCGGGUGAUGAGUCCUUGGGGACGGUCAGAAUCAUGCAAACUUACCCGACAGAACUAAGUAUUGGCGACUUUCUCAGGGCUUUGAACGGAUGUCCUUUUGUCCAGAACCUCUCAUUCCUUGGUGUUCGCAUGCCCCGACGAGAUGCGGAGUUGCUGGCGAUGGCCUUGAAUCAUCAGUCGACAGGCAUUCAGACCUUGAGUAUACGCCGAUUGUUGCCGGAAUGCUUGCUUCCUCUCUGCCAAAGUUUGGCACACAAUACGACUUUACGAGAGUUGUGUCUAAUCCUUGACUCUGACGUAACGGAAGACGCUUUGUGUUGUCUCGCGGAUGCCAUAAAAACAAAUGAUUCCUUGAAAAAAUUGAAAAUAUACUCGGCGUGUUGGACUCCGCGAGCUAUGGACCGAUUAUCGCAGGCUAUACGAGCAUCUCCCAAGCUGCGCGAGUUGUCUUUGAUUCGUGGUGGUAUCACCGAAAUCGCGAGUCUGGCCGCCGCGGUUCAAUCACAAAAUACGAUGAGCAUCCUGGAUUUGUCCGGGAAUCAACUGAGGGAUCCUAUUUCACUGGGUCUUUUGCUGCGCUGUAGCUCCUUGCGAGAAUUGGACCUGUCAUCAAACAACUUUGGAAACACCUUGGCGGGAACAAGUACAGUUUUCGAUGCGUUGCAUCAAAAUACUACUCUCCGUCAACUAUCACUUGAUAUGAAUCCAAUUUGUGAAUCAUUCGCGGCUCGCCUUUUGACGUCUCUCCAGUACAACACGGCGCUUGUCCGCCUCGGUAUCAUUACUGCAACUUUGCCGUCCAAAUGCACCAAAGCCUUAACUCAUGUGGUUGCCUCGAACAAAGCAGGACGGGGCUUGAUCCAAACUUCUUGCGCUGUUCACGAGCCACUGAUUCCUUACGUACUAAGUCUGGCUCACAAAGAUCUCGCCGUGCUGUACAGCCUAGUGCAAAUUCGGCCCGAUUUGUAUUGCCAAUAG